GUAUGCAAAGUCUUUGGGUAUGAAAAUCUUGGCUUGAGUAUUUGCAUAAUAUUGUAAAUUAAAUGGGUUUAUUUUUUGUAUUUUUAAUUGAAACUGUUGAAAUAACUUCAUGUGGGUUUGCUUGUUUGUGUUGUUUUGUCACCCUAGUGGGGUUAUUUGAUGGAUUAGAUGUCGGGUUUGAUCAUGACAAAAGCUGAUGUAUGAAUUUUUUUUCUUAAGAAACUCAAAAUAGUGCUAUUUUUACAUUAUCUCAGUGCCUGUAAAAAUCACAACAAAUCAGCCUGUAUGCACGACUUGGCGCACAUCAUCAUGGCUAAGAUCAAACCAAAUAUUGGCUCUGGAGUUUGCCAUUAAACGUAUUUGUAUUUGGCUGCCAUUGUAAUUUUGCAUAAAUGAACACGAAGGGCAAAUGAGAAAGGGUUAUGCCCAGCUGCCUGUAAUGUGUACAAAAUGCCACUAGAUGCCAGUAUAUCUAACAUCCUUACCUUGAAAACCAGCAAUGUUAGUUUUUCCAAAUUUGGCUUUUUUUUUUCCAAAAGAAAAAAAUGUGAAGCUGUUUAAACAUUGCUUUCAUUAUUCUUUGAAACUUGUUUAUGUUGAUUGUUGAAUUUUGUUUAGCGUCACUAGAGAUUUGUUUGCAUACUGAUUUGUGAAAACGCUUUCAACCAUUAAUAGGUAUGUAUUUGUCAGAAGUCAUGCUUUCUCUCAUGCAUGGAGGUGACAAUGACAGCUCAGCCGAAACCAAUUUGUCACAGCUUACUACAAAUAGCCUUAAGUCCAAGUGAAGGAGACAUGGUAGGUGGAGAGCUACAACAAUGAAACACGUUCUUCCAUCUCUCUUUCUUCUGGGAAUAUUUCUGCAUGCUUCCUUUCAGUGCACCACUCCAUCUUCAGAGUUUCACCAGGAUGGGGAUUUUUUUAUCGGUGGGCUUUUUGAAAUUCAUCACGUCAGUGAUCCUGUUUGGCACAUGAGACCGGAUGCUCUUGACUGCUCCAGUCAACCCUUCAGCAUCUCAAAUUAUCGGAGAUUUCAGCUGAUGAGAUUUGCCGUAGAGCAAAUCAAUAACUCCACCAGCCUGCUGCCAAAUGUGACUUUGGGUUAUGAAAUGUUUGAUCACUGCUCAGACAUGUUAAGCUUUCCAAAUAUUUUUAAACUCAUCUCAGCCAACGGUUUGAUCCAUCCUUGGUAUGAAGGCUACAAGGAUCUUCCCAAAGUGAUUGCAGUUGUUGGUCCAUUAACAAGCACCCAGGCUCUGAUUGUCGCCCCGCUAUUCAUGGCAGAUCUCAUUCCUAUGGUUGGCUACGGAUCAACAACGUCUGUUUUUUCAAAUAAAGUUAAAUACCCAUCUUAUUUACGAACAGUUCAUCCCAACAGAGACAUCAUAGAAGUGAUUUUCAGCAUUUUGAAACACUUCAACUGGCGUUGGGUAGCUUUCCUCAACAGUGAUGAUGACUGUGGCAUUGAUGGACUGGGACUGUUCAUUGAAAGAAUCAAGAGCAGCGAAAUCUGCAUGGCGUACACCAAUGACCUCAGUGCCAGCACAAAUUAUUCCCAAAUAUUAAGACAAAUAGAAAGGCAGAAGAUACACGUCAUCAUUGUUUUUGCCCCUGAAGUGGAUGCUGAAGCUCUAAUUGAAUCAGCUAUUCAGCUGAAAGUUACCAACAAAGUGUGGAUAGCCAAUGACGAAUGGUCUUUGAACAAACGCCUCCCAAAGAUGAAGGGAAUCAGAAAUAUUGGAACUGUGCUUGGUGUGGCCCAGCCAGUAGUAACAAUACCUGGUUUUGGUGGCUUUAUCCAUUCCUUCAAACGCCAAAUUCCCUGUGAAAAUGAUUCACAGCAGUUUUGUAAUCAGGUUUGCAACUGCAGCGACGGGAAUGCUACGGCUAUCCUUAAUGCCGACCCAUCAUUCUCUUUUCCUGUUUAUUCUGCUGUAUAUGCCAUUGCCCAUGCUUUACACAACACCUUACAAUGUGAGGAAAAUGGAUGUAGGAAUGUUACAGUAUACCCAAACAUGGUUCUCGCAGAGCUACAGAAGUCCAAUUUCACAUUGUUAAAUCGAACUAUUCAGUUCGAUGAAAAUGGCAACCUCAAGUUUGGAUCGUACUCGCUGGUUUACUGGAACCACAGCGGUGACGCACAGAAGAUUGGAUCUUUUAGAUUUUUUCCAACAGUGAAUCUUUCUAUCAACAGCUCUGAAAUUCUCUGGUUCACAAACGGAACAGUGCCCGUUUCAUUAUGUUCCCUAGAGUGUUCUACUGGUUAUGUAAGGAAGCAAAAUGCAAACCACAGAUGCUGUUUUAGCUGUGAGAUCUGUCCAAAUGGAACCUACAUCAAUGUAACAGAAGAUCCCUUUAAUUGCAUCAGCUGUGAGAAGACAGAGUGGUCUGCAGAAGGCAGUACAUCCUGCAAUCUGCGGCUGGUGGAGUUCGUACCUUUAACAGACGGAUGUGCCGUGGUGAUCAUGGUCGGCGCCUGCAUCCUGGUAGCUCUGACUUUAUUUGUGUCUGUUCUAUUCGCCAUCAACUACAACACACCUGUUGUCAGGUCUGCUGGAGGACCCAUGUGCUUCCUGAUUUUAGGCUGCCUUAACCUGUGCAGUCUUUGUGUGUUCUUUUACUUUGGCGAGCCCACGGACGCUUCGUGUUUCUUGAGGUACUUUCCGUUCUUUUUGUUCUACACAGUUUGUCUGGCUUGUUUUUUUGUGCGCUCUUUUCAGAUUGUUUUCAUUUUCAAAAUAUCUGCCCAGUUUCCCAAACUCCUCAGCUGGUGGACCAAGUACCAGGGACAGUGGCUGCUCAUCACUGCAGCGUUUACAACUCAGGCCCUGCUACUCAUUAUUAGCUUUUCCUAUGAUCCUCCAAGACCCUACAAUGAAACACUGUGGUACCAAGAACAAAUUGUUCUUUUCUGUUAUUUGAACCUUGAAGCCACUUCUUGCAGUUUUAUUCUACUUGCUUUAUUGGGUUUGCUUUGCUUUAUUUUCUCCUACAUGGGGAAAGACCUCCCAAAGAAUUACAAUGAAGCCAAAGCGAUUACCUUCUGCCUCCUGCUGCUGAUUGUCACCUGGAUCAUGUUUGUGACUGUUUACAUGCUCUACCAUGGAAAACACAUCCAGACUCUUAAUGCUCUUGCUGUGCUCUCUAGCCUGUACUUGUAUCUGUUGUGGUAUUUCCUCCCAAAAUGUUACAUCAUCUUGUUUCAGCCCCACAAAAACACACAGCAGUACUUCCAAGGCCUCAUUCAGAACUAUACCAAAACAGUCAGCCAGUAGCUGCCAGCACUAUUCUUUUCUAUUCAAGCCUCGCUGUAGUGUGUUUCUGAAUGAUUAAGCUUUCUAGAUUACUAGUCUCCUAUAUGCCUCCU